AUGAGGCUGAAGCAGCCAAUCAGAGGAGAGCUGAAGCAGCCAAUCAGAGGAGAGCUGAAGCAGCCGAUCAGAGGAGAGCUGAAGCAGCCAAUCAGAGGAGAGCUGAAGCAGCCGAUCAGAGGAGAGCUGAAGCAGCCAAUCAGAGGAGAGCUGAAGCAGCCAAUCAGAGGAGAGCUGAAGCAGCCAAUCAGAGGAGAGCUGAAGCAGCCGAUCAGAGGAGAGCUGAAGCAGCCGAUCAGAGGAGAGCUGAAGCAGCCAAUCAGAGGAGAGCUGAAGCAGCCAAUCAGAGGAGAGCUGAAGCAGCCAAUCAGAGGAGAGCUGAAGCAGCCAAUCAGAGGAGAGCUGAAGCAGCCAAUCAGAGGAGAGCUGAAGCAGCCGAUCAGAGGAGAGCUGAAGCAGCCAAUCAGAGGAGAGCUGAAGCAGCCGAUCAGAGGAGAGCUGAAGCAGCCGAUCAGAGGAGAGCUGAAGCAGCCAAUCAGAGGAGAGCUGAAGCAGCCGAUCAGAGGAGAGCUGAAGCAGCCAAUCAGAGGAGAGCUGAAGCAGCCGAUCAGAGGAGAGCUGAAGCAGCCGAUCAGAGGAGAGCUGAAGCAGCCAAUCAGAGGAGAGCUGAAGCAGCCAAUCAGAGGAGAGCUGAAGCAGCCAAUCAGAGGAGAGCUGAAGCAGCCGAUCAGUGGAGCACUCACACACAGCUCUGUAUCGAUCACAGAUCAAUAA